AUGUCGCUGUCUGAAAGCUCCGGGGCAGAAACCAGCUCAACCUGUCCUCGGCUGCUGCAGGACAUCGUUUCUCAUCUGGAGAGCACCGUCAGACCCACUCUGGCCAUGUCUUUCAGUGAGGACAUCCUGUGGUCUCUGAGGGAGCUUGAGGAAGCUCUUUGUGAGCCUGGAGGAUCAGUGGACUGGCCAGAGGGGGGUCAGGGUCAGGGCAGCAGCCUGUAUCAAGAGAGCUUGUACUACCUGUCCAGCUACGGGACUCACCUGGCCCUGGUCUCCUUCCUGAUGAGACACGACAACAUGAAGGGCGCCCUGCAGCACCUGCUCAGCAAGGAAUGUCCAGAGGAGGUGUUCCUGGAGGGCAUAUUGCAGCCCAGUCUGGAGAGGGGUCGUCUGGGGAUGCUGCAGGGGUUACUGGAGACUCUAGAUACAGACCUGGAGGUCUGCAGCCGAUACCUCCUGUCCUCCUGUCAACUGCUGCAGCGGCGGGGACACUUCCACACACUAUACCAGCUACAACAGUUCAUGAUGGACCACGUACGAGCGGCCAUGACGUGUAUCCGGUUCUUCACCCACGGCGUCGUGUCCUACGUACAGCUGGGAGACCAGCGGAGAUGGCUGGUUCGGGCCAAGGAGCACCUCAGAACCUACCUUCAGGAGCAACAGGGAACACGUACCAACAGCACUAACAGGAAGAGGAGCACCUCUAACUCCUUCAGAAAGAAGAUGUCUUCUAGUGAUGUGUCCAGACACAUGAACACUAUAGAGCUCCAGCUGGAGGUGACUCGGUUCCUGCAUCACUGUGAAACAUCCAGCUCCACGCUUGCCCUCACCCCCUCUGUCUCCUCCAGCACUCCUCCCACUCUGUUCGGCCCCAGCGCUAUGAAGAUCGAUGUAGCCUGCAAGGUGAUGUUGGGAGGAAAGAACAUUGAGGAGGGGUUUGGUAUUGCAUACCGAGUCAUACAGGACUUCCAGCUGGAAGCCUUGACGGUGUACGUGCGUGCGGGCCAGAGGCUUGUGCGCCAGCGUCAGUACCGGGCCGUGCGCCAGCUGCUGAAGUGUGUGGGCGAGUCGGGCACCGCCACCAAGAACGACUGUGAUGUCAUCAUACUCAGCUGUGUCUCCAUCGCAGAUAAGGGGCCCACAGACGCCAAGGAGUUGGAGUGUCUCAUUCUGGAGACAAAGAGCACAGAGAACAAGAUUAAGGCCUACCUGCAGGUGAGUAAACUGCGAGCGGGCUAUCUCCUAGCUGUAAAGCUGGAUACAGCCAGAGCCGGGCCGCUGGUUCAAGAAGUCCUCCAGGCAGCAGAGGGCGUCGGAGACUCUGUCAUGCAGGACAUCUGUUGCCAGUGGCUGUCUGAGCACAAGGACAGGGUCAGAACGACGCCUCCGCCGGGAUCUACAAGACAAGGCCGACCCAACGCCAAGUAACCCCAUGGGGAGAACAUGGGCCGUGUUCAUUACGCACCAAACAAAAGAAGAAGAAGAAAACGGACUGAACCAGGAUUGGACUACCAGGACUCGUCUAAUAAGAAAUGCUCGUUUUAGUUUUUCUGUUGCAAAAAAAAAAUUUACAUUUACAUUUAAGUCAUUUAGCAGACGCUCUUAUCCAGAGCGACUUACAAAUUGGUGCAUUCACCUUAUGAUAUCCGAUGAUUACAAUAUUGUCUAUUUGUUGCGUGCCACUAAUGAACACGACCCGUAAUCGUUGUUCUGGAGAAACCUAGUUCAGGCUACAACAUGACAUCAUCAGGAAAUAACAGAAAGCACUUCAACUAGAAACGCCACGAGUGGAACACCAAGACGCCUGGACUCUGUGUCUGUGUGGGGUUGUGAGUGACUUCCUCCUCCUCUUCUCCUCUCUUCCUCCUCCUCACUGAAAGUCGUGAAACACCCAUGUGCCGACUCUCAUCUGGAGAGGUGACUGACUACAGUCAGACGAGACUGUCUCUCUCUCUCUCAUCUGGAGAGGUGACUGACUACAGCCAGACGAGACUGUCUCUCUCUCAUCUGGAGAGGUGACUGACUACAGCCAGACGAGACUGUCUCUCUCUCAUCUGGAGAGGUGACUGACUACAGUCAGACGAGACUGUCUCUCUCUCUCUCAUCUGGAGAGGUGACUGACUACAGCCAGACGAGACUGUCUCUCUCUCAUCUGGAGAGGUGACUGACUACAGUCAGACGAGACUGUCUCUCUCUCUCUCAUCUGGAGAGGUGACUGACUACAGCCAGACGAGACUAGGAUGAAUCUAACCACUGAAUUGUGAGUUGUUGACCACUUUAUCUAGUAAAACUGACGUCUGGGAUAAGCACAGAAGACGCAUAUAUCAGAGUAAUAGCACAGGCAGUAGUGUAGGAUAGUUCUUCAGUUGUAUCUCCUACCUCAGUUAAAAAGGGAUUUAUAUUUUGUUUUCACUAACCUUCAAGCCUAGUAAUAUAUUUCAUUGUCACAAAAUAAACAACUUGAUUUAAUGUAAAUAAUUCCUAACUUUUCCAACCCUUUUUUUUUUUUUUUUUUAGAUUUUCUUCUUCUCUUGAUGUUGUUAGUUAGAAAAUAAUGAUCAUGUAAACCUGUCAAGCAGGGGAAAGUAAAGAAGAAAACAAGUGUUGGUAUUUACAAGCCUGUCAAGAGCUUUUAAAGAAGAUACAAGUGUCGAUUUAUAUUGAUGAUUUAAGAGUUUCUGAACUUUUUGAAUGUCAAAGGAGAGUGGGUUUCAUUAGAAGGGAUGUCUGUUACUGUCUUAUCAGCUCGACCUGCCACUAGUUAACCCCCUUAAAAUGUCUGCCCAAGGAGAUAUUUCCUAGCCUGAAAUCCAGACCUGUUUUUUGUUUUGUUUGCUAACAUUCCACUUCUAGUACUCGGUGUCAUAUGUUUGGCACGGCAAGGACACAGAGUGGCAAGAAGUGGAACGUUUACACAAACAGACUGGUACCCAGGCUAGCAAUAUCAUGAGUCUCUCUUGCUUUCUCCCUCAGAGGGCAUUUGGGGUCCUGAAAGGGCUUUUAAGAUAACUAGAAUAACGAUGAGCUUUAUAUAGAAUACAACGAAAACUUGGAACGAGUUGGAUUUAGUAAAGGGACUCUCUGGAUAUGUUUUAGGACUUUAAACACCGUUUCAAUUCUAGAUCAUGAUAAAGAGGUGUGGUACCUUGUAAUGUUACAGGUCAGGAUAUUAUUGUCUCCCUAAAGCCUAUCGUAGCUGUCUGUGUCAUAUUUGUUUUUAUGGUAUCUGUCUUUGACCAGGAACCACGUUGCUGUGACCAUGUUUUGUAUAUUUGUACUUAUUCCCGUUGUUCUGGUGUGUGACACUAUGAGUCUCAAAUGGCACCUUAUACCCUACAGUGCACUAUGAGGCCCUAGUUUAACAGUAGUGCACUAAAUAGGGAAUAGGAUGCUGCUUUGGACACAGACAGUCACUUUGACCUCUGUGUACAGACGGUCACUUUGACCUCUGUGUCCUAUGCGAGGGUCAGAUGUGUUAUAGGCCUUCUGUUAGUGUAUAAAAACACGUACUUUAAUCAAUCAAGAGAUGUCGCAUUAGAAAAGGGAUUUUUGUUGCAUUCAUGAUCAAUUUAACAACAUAUUGUCUAAUUGUAACUCUUUUGUUUACAUAAUUGCCCGUUUUUUUAUUUCUCACUAUAACAAGCGAUCCCAGAGUUUACACUAUAAUGUUUAUAUUUAUCACUUUAAUCCCUCAGAUUACACUGUAAUAAACAUUUUUAUUUCUCACUUUAAUCUCUCAGA